AUGCUCGUGCCGAUCAGUUUUUCAUAUUCAACGGAGACAUAUCAAAAACAGUUCCUCAUUUCUUCCACACCACUUCCAAAGUCACAUUUAGUUUUCCCGAAUGUAUUGCCUUACUCCGAAAAGGUGGCAGUAAUGUUUAAUGGUCUACAGGCUGCACCGUCUUUGAAAUGUGCCAAUCCGAUGCCACAAAUUGGCCAUCCAUUCAUUAUCGGAGGUCCUGUUUUAGCAGUUGGCAAAUCAACUUUUUCUCCUGCUGGGUAUGGGAAUUCACAGAGGCUCGAAAAUGGGUUCGUUUUUCAACCCAGUCUGGCCCGAAAAGUGUACAUGCCCGAAAAGUCUUUGGGAUUCGGUGCUUUUGGUGUUGUGUGGUUGGUUGUUGAUCCACGAACAGGCGACCAGGUUGCUCUUAAGAGAAUCCCCAACAUUUUUGAAAGCGUUGUGUCUGCUAAGCGAGCGUACAGAGAAUUAAAAUUGUUGUUCUCUUUAAAACAUUUAAAUAUUGUCCGCCUGAUUGAUGUCGUAAAAGUCAGCAGUUCCUCUUUGUUCAGCGAAGUCUCCGUUCUUUGCGAAUAUAUGGAUACUGAUCUGCACAAAAUAAUCGUGUCCACUCAAUAUUUGUCGCUAGAGCAUGUCAAACUUUUUGUCUAUCAGAUACUAAGAGGUUUAAAAUAUCUUCAUUCUGCUGGUGUUAUUCAUCGGGACCUAAAACCAGGGAACCUCUUGGUUAAUUCUGACUGUUUAUUAAAGAUUUGCGACUUCGGUCUUGCUCGUUCAGUGCCAUCUUUUGGUGUAGAAAGAUCUUGUAAUCCACUAACCCUUGAAGUUGUGACUCAAUUCUAUAGACCACCAGAACUACUUCUAGGUUCGAAUUUUUAUACAGCUGCCGUCGAUCAGUGGAGCGUUGGCUGCAUACUUGGAGAGCUUCUUUGUCGUCAAAUUUUAUUUCAAUCUUCCAGCUCAUUUCGUCAAUUGGAUAUGAUAUUUAAUCUACUAGGAUCACCUAAUGCAAUGGAAUUAAUUGACUUAGUUGGUUUUCCGUCAUCUAGCAUAGAUUUUAUUCGUAAUUGUCCUGUACGACCAUUUAAUCAUGUUGCUGUUUCAAGAAUACUCGUUCCGGCUAAUACUCAUUAUUUUCAGUCACCGACAGAAAAUCCACCUGAUCCUAAUUUAAUUAAUUUGUUUACAGGACUUCUAAGUUUUAGUUCAUCGAGGCGGUUAACUGCUGAACAAGCGCUAGAUUCACCAUUCUUAGUUGGAGGUAGAGCUAGAUUUCAUACUUGUCUGUGCUGUUGUUGUCCACCACGUAAUCAAAGUUCAAUAAUGAGUGAUUCACCUACCCACUGGAGUAAUGUAGCGAAACAAGUAAAUCAUCAUCUUUUAGCUGUUGCUUCAGUGGGUACUCUGUCAUCAUCUGGUGGUACACUACCAUCUUCACUUCAUUCAUCUAUGCUAUCACAAAGUAGAGAUAUAACGUUGCGCAUCCCUUUAUUUUUGUCACCUCAUCUAAUGAUACCAACUUCUCUUAUACGGUAUAGUUGUAUUAAUUUGGAACCAACCUUUCAAGAUAUACAUGAAUACACUUAUUUAAAUACUGAAAUAGAAGUGAAUAACUUGUUUGAAGCUAAACAAAUAUUAUGGAAUCUAAUUCAGCAAUAUUUCCAAAGAGAUCCUAAUCGUACCCGAGUUGUGAUAAACAAUUCUUCGCCUAAUUUUCAGUCAUUUAUAAAGUCUUCAGUUGCGUUCAAUUAA